CUGGUCUCACUACCUGAACAGAAUCUGGCUAUGGCUCGGAUCCUCCUUCUUUUCCUGUCGGCAGCAUGUCUGCACACUGGGAACUCAUCAGGAUACAGAAGAGUAAAUGACUUUGGUGUCAACCAACCAGCUGUCCUCUCUGGAGUCCAGAGCGGCUCCAUUGAGAUCCCCUUCUCCUUCUAUUUCCCCUGGGAGUUGGCCAAUGAUCGGUCAAUAAGCAUAGCCUGGAUAUGGAAGUACUUCCAUGGGGAAGUCAUCUACAACUCCACCCAGCCUUUCCUUCAUGAGCAUUUUAAGGGUCGGCUCAUCAUGAACUGGACACAGGGUCAGACAUCUGGUGUCCUCAGAAUCCUGAACUUAAAGGAGAAUGACCAGGCCAGAUACUUCAGCCGAGUUUUUCUGCGAACAACUGAAGGCAUGAAGUCGUGGCAGUCAAUCCCUGGCACCCAACUCAUCAUUCAUGCUCUCAAUACUACCAUGGGGAGCCCCUCUAUCAUCCCCUCUGCAGUCCCCACAGCUGGCCUGGAGGACAAAAGGGGCCAGAGGAAUCCUUCACUGCUGAACCUGGGAGUCAUGGUUGGGAUGGUCUUGGCCAAAGUUGUGGUCAUCAUCCCCCUGUAUGGAUGGAUGAUCUUCCUGUGGUGGAAGCAAAGGCCAGCAGAAUAAAGACUAAACUCUAGUAAGGUGAGUGCCUGUCAUCUCAAGGGACAGAAGAGGAGCUGAUGGAAAGUUCACUAUGAGAGGCAUGGAAGGGAGCCAGAGCGAUGAUUCAGUCAGAAACACAUGGCACAGAGGCAGGAGGACCUGAGUUUGAUGGAUCAGGAAAUCACACCCAGGGAUGUGGCAGGAAUUUGCAAUCCCAGCCCUGGUCAAGCAAGAGAUGGGCAGAGACAUAUUGGCUGAACACCAAGUAUAGGACACUUGGUGAGUUCCAGGCCUGUGAAAGAUUGUGUCUUUAAAAAGUAGGGGUAUUGCUCAAGGUGAUAAAUCAUGGACAUAACAUUUUCUAAAUUGAUUUUACCUGAAAUAUUUUAAAUUACACAUUAAGGAAGAAAAAUAAUAUAUGCCAGUGAGAAAGCUCAGUGGGAAAUGCCCUCUGCUGCCUAGCCCAGUGACCUGGGAAUGAUUUCUGCGGACCCAAAUGGUACACAGAGAACACUGACUCUGGAAAUCUGUCAUCUAUCUCUCCUGAUCGCCCACCAGAUGCUGGUAACAAAUAAUUUUUUAUUCCUCAACUAACAGGCUACUCUGUACUAGGAUCUCUCACCAGGGAGGUGAAUUUACAUCAAAGUAGUUGUUGGUGAUUACACACCCUGCAUCCCACAGCCUUCUAUGUCUUCUCGCUGGGAGUCAGUCAUCAUGGCUGCAGGAUUCUCCUGUGAAAGUCAUUCUUGGAUAACCCCCACUUCUACCAUGGGGACUCAGACACGCUCUCCUUGGAACCAAGGUCCUCCUGUGUAUUUCUGGGCCUGAAAGCCUGACUGUGCUGUUGUCUCUCUGCUCAUGGAGUUAUUGACACUGUUAAUAAAUAUCUUACUCCCAGCAAUCCAUCUCAGUGUCUCUCCUGAGCCUCUGUCUUUUCCCCUUCCUGACACUUCUUAGAGAGUGUAGACUGUGUCUAGGGUGUAGGUCAC